AUGCGCGCUCCGUCUUACGUUGUGUCCUGAAAAAAUUAGGGUUCAAUCAUCUGAAUUGGGGGAUUUCAUCUUCGAGCUAAGAAUGCCUCGUUACGAUGAUAGCGGCAACACUCGUCUCUAUGUUGGUCACUUAUCUUCAAGAACCCGUUCUCGGGAUUUGGAGCAUGUUUUCAGCAGAUAUGGAAGAGUACGUGAUGUGGAUAUGAAGCGAGAUUACGCCUUUGUUGAAUUUAGUGAUCCACGGGAUGCUGAUGAUGCAAGAUAUAGCUUGGACGGAAGAGAUGUUGAUGGACGUCGUAUCACUGUUGAAUUUGCCAAGGGGAUCCCAAGGGGACCUGGAGGUGUUCGAGAAUAUGUUGGUAGAGGUCCUGCCCCUGGCUCUGGACGGUGUUUCAACUGUGGCAUCGAUGGACACUGGGCUCGAGAUUGCAAGGCUGGAGAUUGGAAAAAUAAGUGUUACCGUUGUGGUGAAAGAGGCCACGUUGAAAGGAACUGCCAAAACAGCCCUAAGAAGCUUAGCACUAGUAAACGUGGUAGGAGUUACUCACGGUCACCUGUGAGGUCCCGUUCUCCUCGACGUGGCAGGAGCAGGAGCCGAAGUUUCAGCAGGAGCCGUAGUUACAGUCGUUCAAGGUCUCCAGCUGCAAGAAGGGGGAGAGAUGAAGAGAGGAGAUCGAGGAGUCCACCUAGGCAUAAGAGGCGCACUUCUUCUUCUCCAUCAAAGACAAGGAAACGCAGCCCAACACCUGAUAUGGAAGACAAUGAAAUCGGGAGAGAGAAAAGAAGCCCUUCUCCUCCUGCUAAGGAAAAGUACAACAGUGAUAUCAGUCCAAAAGAAACUAGCCCUAGCCCAAGGGAUGAUGAUAGAAGCCCUUAUGCUGCUGCUGAUGCUGCUGCCAAUGGUGGAAAUGGCAGCCCUAGCCCUAGGGAUGAUGAGCGGAGCCCACCUGUCGACUUUGACAACAUGGGGAGAAGCCCGAGCCAAAGCCCGAGAGGUGGAACGAGCCCGGUUGUUGGUGAUGAAAAUAAUCAAGGCUAUCCUAGAAGCAGCGAGUCUCCUUGAAUUGUCUGGUCCUAGCCCUUUCUUGAGAGAGAAAAGAAACGGAAAGCAAUGGGUUGUUAUGGAAUUAUGGGUUACUUAUGUUGGAUUUAUAUUGGGAAUGUUUUCGUCACUAGCUUUUCUAUCUUCCGAAGUUCUGUUGUUUUGGAUCUUUAUAUAAAUGUUGUUUCAUUGAAUGUAUGAACUUUACCGGUAUGUCGUCGUUUUGCGCCCCCUCCCUAUUACGUAACACUUGUGAGUGGGGAUGACUAUGAUGUACUACUAUGUUAGAUACUUCGCAUUUAUAUGGUAAUAAUGUUAUUGUUUUUUUUUUUCUA